CAUCGGAUUGUAGCCACUCAUCCACGACUAUUUCCUCUUAACUUCUUAUACUUCCAUCUCUAUAUCCUACUCUACUAUUGAAAUGGGCGGUGACCAUCAAUGUCCAGUUUGCCAGGCAACUUUUACUCGUCCACAGCAUGUAGCUCGUCAUAUGCGAUCACACACUGGUGAUCGCCCCUACAAGUGUCAGUAUUGUGGAGACCAAUUCGCAAGGAGCGAUCUUUUAUCGCGACACGUCAACAAGUGUCAUGCAAACGAAAAACCCCCACCGAGCGCCACCAAUGGUCGUCGCAAAGGUUCUGCAUCUGCCUCUCGAGCAACUACUUCGAAGCAAGCAUGUGACCAAUGCGUCCAAUCAAGUUUACCUUGCGACGGCAGUAACCCUUGUUCAAAAUGCGUACAACGCAAGAGUCGGUGCACGUACGUCAAGUUCCACCGCCAAACAGCACCUAGUGGUCCUGGACAUCAUAAUCCUCGCCCUACUUCCGCUUCCUCUUCUCUUGGGAAUGCACGACUACCAUUGGACGACUUUAUCCUUGGUCCUCCCCCCAUGAGCGUACCCAGUAUGGAUACUUCUUCUGGUGAUCCACUUUACACCACCCCGUUUUCCUUCAAUCAUGUGUAUGCUUCGUCAGCAAACCCUGUACAUCUUCCCAUGCCACUCUCUUCAGACGCCGAUAUAGCUGGAAGAAAUCGGGCCCAAGUUGAGCUUUUGCGUCAAACCGGAGCUUCCAUUCUUGCAAAUCCGCAAGGACCACCGGGUCUUGUGCCUGAGCUUUAUUCGGACCCUAAUCAUUCAUCUACCCAUUGGCUUGGAUGGGGCGAAAAUCCGGGGUUGACUGCUCCGCAAACUAGUCCUCCCCAGUUCGCGUCUUUGGACGAAGCUUUCUCACAUAAUCAAUAUGGUGCGGAUGGUUUAGAUAAUUUCAGCUCAGAAAUGUUCACUGGGUCCUUCAUUGGAUCAGCAUAUCGGCCUCGCCGGGGCUCUAUUGAUUAUAGCGACGGUAGUAGCGCUUCACAAUCUAUCCCUUCCAGCGCUACUUCGUCCAAUGCCCAUCUUCCUCUCUCGGCAGGGGAUAUGUACCAAGGUGCAUCAGAGGACUUUCAGCAGCGAAUGCUGCUUGACCCUCAACGCCGACGGGACUCUAUGUCCUCUUCCUCUGCUCCUGAAUUUCAUGGCCAGCAGACAGAUCAACAUUCUCGUGUCGGUGAAGGCGGGUUCUCCUCCGCAUUUGGACUCAUGUCUAUUGACGAUCCAAAUGUCCUUGCUGGGCUCUCAACAGAUGGUGUACCUUUCUUCUCAAAUGCUGCAAUGAAUAUGCAACCUCACUCCCCAAAUGCUACUCCAAUGCCGCCAAAGGCGCAGUCACAGCAGCAGAACAGAGACCGCGGCAUGUCCCUCUCUGCGUUGGCUACACCUGGUUUAGGUCGUGACAGUGACCUUUUGUGGAGGACGUUCAUGCGCACGCCUAUGAGUGGACCUCACCCUGGUGGCUCAGAAGCGCCAGCGAGCACCAUACCGCAAUCUCCCUGUCCACGCCGAAGACCCCGUGUUUCCUCUCUUCCAAGUUCCAAAACCCCCACCGUAGAGCGAGCCCUUCCUGGUAUGGCUAACGGCCACGCAGAGGCAUCAAACGGAAUGCGCAUGACGCCCCAUGGCACUCUUGACGACCUUCGGAGUUACGAAGCUGCUGUCAAUGCUCGCAAUGCAUCGCUCAAUCUUAACCUCCCCAAACGGCGAGAUACCACACAUUCGCAAUUGAAUGCGAAUUUUGACUUCAAUGUCAGCCGUCCGUCGAGUUCUUCGUCGACGUCGUCGCUUUCACAGGCGUUCGUGCCACCUCAUCCGCCACUCAUGAAGGGAGCAGCACCGCCUAUGAAUGGGGUGUCCAUUUCACUUCCCGUACCGCGCGUGAGCAGCAUGGGAAGUUCGAGCACUCAGAGUGGGUCGAGAGAGUCGUCUGUCACUUCUGACUGCACGGGAAGCUCAGAGGGCGAAGUAUUCCGACCUUCAUUCAAGCGUCUCCCUUCGCAGACAUUGGGUCCGGCCAAUGCCAAACGUGCCCAAUUAGAGAAGGACGCGGUUUCUGAGAAGAGAUCUAUGAUAGUGAACGGCGAUCGUGCUCAGCUGGGCGUUCCAAAUGCCGGCUCGCGUCACAUCGCUACGCUUCCCGACCGUGCUCGUCAAUCAAGCGACAACCGUUCAUCUCGCGGACGACAGUGAUUCAUUCAUCCUUCUUUCUUCUUCUCCCUGUCAUUUUCCUUCUGUUCUUUUCCGUGAAUACCGUACACCUUCCAUCAAUACCUGUCGUUGGACCUAGUGAUUUCUUUUGCGGGUGCCGUUACUUUUCCUUUGGUUUUUUUGUUCUUUGAUUUGAUACCUUAUUCAUGUACGGCGUACGGCACUUAUACACGAACCGCAAGUAUUACAGCACACGCAGCUACCACCAACAUACAGCGUGUUACAAAAUAAAGCUUUUCGACUCCUCGGGCCAUUGAAAUUCAAUUGGGUAUUAUGUUAUGUUGCCAG